AUCUGGCAACCCUUAGUUUGGGACACGACUUGGGUGAGCUGGUAGGAACAAGUUAGUAUCUAUCACUUAUUUAUUGGGGAUCAAGGGGCACGGGCAAUACCACAUUCUGCUCAGGGUCUGGAGAUCAACACCCAGGCUGGGGUUUCUGGGACUCAAGGACCCUGGAAGGGAAUGCCCCGCGUCUCCGCAGGCAGACCAUGAGCACACUCCUGGGGCUGCUGCUGGGCCUCGGCCUGGGCUGCACCGGAGCAGGCGGCUUCGUGGCCCACGUGGAAAGCUCCUGUCUGCUGGACGAUGAUGGGAAUCCACAGGAUUUCUCUUACUGUAUCUCCUUCAACAAGGAUUUGCUGACCUGCUGGGAUCCACAGGAGGGAGCAAUGGUCCCUCUUGAAUUCGGGAUGUUGAAUUCCUUGGCCACUCAACUCUCAGGUUUCCUCAACAACCAGGAAAUCCUGCGCCAGCGCUUGUCUGUGGGGCUCCAGGAGUGUGCCAAACACACACAGCCCUUUUGGGGAUCCCUGACCCAAAGGACGCGGCCGCCGUCUGUGCAGGUAGCCAAAGCCACACCUUUCAACACCCGGGAGCCCGUGAUGCUGGCCUGCUACGUGUGGGGCUUCUACCCGGCCCACGUGACUGUCACCUGGAUGAAGAACGGGCAGCUUGUCUCCCCUCACGGCAGCGCCCAUAAGAUUGUCCAGCCCAAUGGAGACUGGACCUACCAGACCGUCUCCCAUUUAGCCACAGCGCCCUCUUUCGGGGACACCUACACCUGUGUGGUGGAACACUUUGGGACUCCUGAGCUCACCCUUCAGGACUGGACACCUGGACUGUCCCCGGAGCAGACAGUGAAGGUUUCUCUGUCUGUGGUGGUCCUGGUCCUGGGCCUCAUCAUCUUCUCCCUGGGUUUGCUCAGCUGGCGGAGAGCUGGCCCCACUGGUGGCUAUACUGUCCUUGCUGGGUCCACUUAUCCAGAAGGUCGGCACAUUUCCUAAGAGGCGGGAUCCUGCAGCUUCCACUCACACUCUUCGUGAUGUCUGCACCCUCUCCUCAGACCUCUGAGUUCCCUGGAAUCCCAUGGAUUCUCUGUCCAAUUCUUAGAGUUUCCCAGUCUCCUCCCCAUGUAACCCUUAGCAACCUGGAGGAGCUCAUUUCUGGGAAUAUUCUGUAAAUAAGUGAUUGCCCAAGGCUGUGUUUCUGGGGUGAACAUAACCUGGGGAAGGAGCCCAAUGUUCCUCCUCGGGGCCCUGCUGAGACCCUCGGGCAGUGAGGCGCUGGUGACAUUGCUGAGGAAUAAAUGCCGUGGAAGCA